AUGUCCAGUCACUUCGGGUUGAUACACGCCACAGCUUCGCUCGUCGUCGCCCUUUUCGUGAUCACCUCAUCCGCAUCUUCUCCUGAUUGUGUUUACACUCUAUAUGUGGAGACGGGUUCAGUGGUGAAAGCAGGGACCAACUCGAAAAUCAGCGUCACGCUGAGCGACUCGAGCAAGGCCUCGGUUUGGAUCCCGGACCUGAAGGAAUGGGGCCUCAUGGGCCCAAAACACGACUACUUCGAGAGGGGAAGUGUCGAUGUUUUCACGGGCCUCGCGCCAUGCAUAGGGGCCCCCAUUUGCAAGAUCAAUAUCACCUCUGAUGGCGCCGGGUCCCACCACGGCUGGCUCUGUAACUCCGUCGAGAUCACCUCCACCGGCCACCGCAUGGGCUGCAGCCAGUCCAUUUUCUACGUGGACCAGUGGCUCUCCAGGGAUGCGCCGCCCUACAACUUGUCGGCUGUUGUUAACGGUUGUGGAGAUUUUGCGGCGCGGAAAAGUGUUGGCCCAUUUGUUUUCGCGAGGCCCAUUGGAUCUGUUUCUGCUGCUGCUGCUGCAAAGUGAAGUGCGAGAGAGUUUUUUUAGUGUU